AUGAACCAAACAAGCUUGAUUAAGGUUGUGUCAUCCAUUCAUUCUCAUGCUAGAUCCUGGGAUUUUCUUCCGGCAAGGGCUUCAUUCGGUGGAGUUUGGGUUGGGAUUGUCAAAACCGUUGAGAAACCCAUUUUGGGGACCGAUCGGUUUCGGCACUUCAUGAAAGGGGUUGUGGGAAACGGCUCGAAGUUAUCCUUCUGGCUUGAUCCGUGGUUGAACAAAGAUCCGCUUAGAUUCUGUUUUCCGAAUUCGUUCGCUUUGGAGAGUGACAAAUAUUGUCGUGUUCGGGACCGGAUUGUCAGUCCAUUCUCGAACCCUUCAGCUUCGUGGCAUUGGAAAAAUCCUCCUGACUCCUCUGUUGAGUUGGCUGAAUGGGCUGCUUUGCACUUUCUUCUGCGUGACGUCACCCUUUCUGAUUGUAACGAUCGAUGGUUGUGGUUGCCGGAGGACUCCGGGGAAUUCUCGGUGAAAUCGGCAUUUGUGCUCGUGGGAUCUAAGGAGGUUGAUUCUAGCAGAUUCAUUUGGGAGUGGUGUAAGUGGAUUCCACUUAAAUGCAACGUCUUCGCUUGGAGGGCGGUGAUGGAAAGAUUACCUACGAAGGUGGAGCUUCGCAAACGAAAUAUUCAGGUUGGGGAUGUGAUGUGCCCGUUGUGUGGGUCGGGGGAGGAAUCGGCCGAUCAUCUGUUCACGGCUUGUAGUUUCGCUACGGCUAUCUGGUCAAAGAUUAGUUCUUGGUGCAAGGUGCCGUUUAUUAUGGCUUUUUCCUUCAAAGAUGUGUUGGUGGCUCAUCGCUUCUGUGGGUUGAAGGGUAAGCUUUCUUUGGCUUACCAAGGAAUUGUGUUAACCUCGUGUUGGUUAAUAUGGAAAGCUAGAAAUGAUUGUGUGUUUAACGGGAAAUCUCCGAAAGUGGAAGAGGUCUUUUGUUCUAUUAGGUCGCUUGGGUUUUUGUGGUUUUCCAAUAGAUCGAAAUGUAUAGAUAUGUCUUGGGUAGAGUGGUGUAAGUUUGUAUAG